GGUCUCGAGCGGAAAUAGGAAAUUAGCUGAACGACCAUUAGGAAACCAUUUAGCAAUGAACAAGGAAUUUCUCAUGCAGGGCGGUGCGCCCAUCACCACGGAGCUGGCAACGGAGCUGCGCAAGCUAGUCUUUAGCACAGCGGCCAUACCCAUGCGUGCCGAGUGGCUGCAGACCGCAUUCGUUUAUGGAGCACCACCCAAGGAGGAGAUGGCCUACGGUCUGCGCUCCCCACGCAAUGCCACGCGUGGCAUGCUGUCCGUUGUCCAAGGAUUUAUUCUAAAGUACUUACUGUUUGCCCGCAAGACCAGCCGCUCCACUACCAUGAUCGAUCCACUGUUCGCCACGGCGGAGAUGCAGCGCGAUGCACUUUUUCACGCCUUGCUGGAGAUACUGCGCAUCAUUUCGGACAAGGGCAAGGUGACUAUGGUGCUGCCGUCGGAGGAUGAGGUGUUUGUGGAUCACAGUGCCAGCUACUUUCACGACACGGUUACUGAAAAGCUUUAUGUCUUCACAUUGUCGCCCAACGAGGAGCUGGAACAUUUUAUGAAACGAAAUUUCAAAUAUUUUACAGAGGAGGAAACGCCGGGCACGCUGCUCUUUCUUUACAGCGCCGUACUCACACGCACAAUGGGAAAAGUGCGCACGGACUUGGACUGCACAAAGUCUUCGCCGCUGACCAUGAGUAAUCACGAGGAGGGCUCGCUAAUGAUAGUCACACUGCUGUUGACGGGACGUGCCACGCCCUACAUACACAAUGGCGUCAUCAAUGUGGGCGAUGAGAACAGCUAUGCCGUGCCGCAGUAUGGUGUGCUGAAGCGUUGCAUGAUUGGUCUGCUGCUCUGGGACAUCGAGUCCGCCAGCGCAGCUGUGAAUCAAUCGCGUCAGCCUGGGUCGCGGCUGAAGACGCCCAACUAUCCCAUUUGGAUAACCAGCUGCACUGGGCACUAUGGCGUCAUCUUUAAUAGGAAUCCCGAUUUGUUGCGCAACUAUCACGCCGAGUCGCGCUUUGAUGUGAACUACUAUAGCUGUUCGGGGCAUCAGAUACUGAUGACCAUUGACAAUCGCACGUAUAAUGAGCAGGCAUUGGUCAUGUUGGAGCGACAACCGAUCUCACCGGAGAGUACCAGUACCUCGCUGUCCGGUGGCGCUGGUGGUGGCAAGCAGGCCAAGGAGGAGCCAGCCGCUGCGUCUGGCGCAGGUGCUGGUGCCAGCGGUGCUGCUAGUGGCGCUGGCAACGAUGCGGUCGCCAAGGAGGAGUCAAUGCUGAACACUCCGUUGCAGCGUUUGAUUCAUACCAAGUGGGAAGAGGCAACUAUAAGCUUUCACGUGCAGCCAUCGAUGUUGAGUUAUCUUUUUAGUACCACGCAGUAGAUACACAGAGAUCAGCUGAGUAGCCCAGAGUUAAAAGCAAACAAACCAAAAAACAAAGAAAAAAAAGGAUACUAGGAACAUAGCUGCAGCCUGCAGUAUUAAAAAAUAUUAGUAAAUUUUUUAGUUUAAGGUUGCAGCUUGUUAGCUUGUCAUGUUGUCUCUUGAUCUAUGAUAUAAAUCGACUUUCUUGGCGAAUGACCAAUACUACUCUCUCCUUAAGCUCAACUCAACGUCUAAAUCUUCAUAUAAAAGUCAAGUAAGUCUAAUCGGUUAACGCUAAAACUUAAUUCGAAAUAUGCUCAUUAAUGUUGUAUGUGCUUAUAGUUAAAGUCUUAAACAACUUGGAAACUGAGUUUAGCUUUAAAUAUAAUUAUCAUAUGUUGCACAUUUUUAAUCUUUCAUCUAAAUCAAAUCCAACUACUCAAUUUGAUAGCCUUAGUUAGUAAUUAGUGCAAUGCAUUGUAUGCUUUAUAGUUGCAAAGAAUCAUUUGAUGCACUCUCUCGACUAUUGCUGUCUCAAAAAUCUGCUCGAAAAUAUUGUUCCAUGGCGGUAUUUGAAAAAGAUACAUGAAAUUCUAAACUUCAAACAAACAGCGAUGGUAAAUACACGUAAAAUAUUGCGAGUAUCAUAAGCCAAAAACAAUUUUCAGCAAAAUCUGCUUGGAAAUAAUGCUACUAAAGCCUCUCUCUUUACAAUUAAGCGCGACUGCAGAAGGUUGCCACUGUGGAGCCACUAGACGACUCCAAAUAACCAACAUGAUUAAAACGAAAAAACGAAUUUAGCUGCACUUUAUACACACACAAAACAUCCUUAAA